AAAAUUAAUCGACACUACAGAGUUGCCACCCUGGUAGAACUGUGUAAAUUGCUGCCGCACAAAAGAAAACAUUUAAAAUUUGUUAAUUCGUUCAACAUGUCAGUGUAUCGCCUGAACAAGCUGACCCGGCUAGCACCCAACAUGACCGCCAGCGGCCGAUAUACUACUGCGAUGCAGCCCCAACGCCACAACACAUCCCACAGCGCCCAGGCGGCCGACUCUCCGGCAGGACACACAGCCUUCAAGACGCUGGCCAUAACGACGCCCAAGCCAUUCGUCUUUCAUGUGGAACUGCAUCGGCCCAACAAGUUGAAUGCGAUCAACAAGCAGAUGUGGCUGGAGAUCAAAGACUGCUUCGAAGAGUUGUCCACGAAUCCCGAUUGCCGCACCAUUGUGCUCUCUGCCUCGGGCAAGCACUUCACGGCCGGCAUCGAUCUCAGCGACAUGAUGAACCUCGGCCAGCUGCUGGCCGACACCGAUGACUGUGCUCGCAAGGGCCACAUCCUGGAGCGUUUCAUCAAGCUGUACCAGGACUCGAUCAGUGCCCUCGAGCUGUGCCCCAAGCCCGUGAUCACGGCCGUCCAUCAGGCGUGCAUUGGCGCUGGCGUUGAUCUGAUAACGGCCUCGGACAUACGCUACUGCACGCAGGACGCCUUCUUUCAGGUGAAGGAGGUCGAAAUCGGCAUGGCCGCAGAUGUGGGCACGCUCCAGCGACUGCCCAAGGCCAUUGGCAGCCAGUCGCUGGCCCGUGAACUCUGCUUCACCGGCCGCCGCUUCGAGGCAGCCGAGGCGCACGCCUGUGGCCUCGUUAGCCGAGUCUUCGCCGACAAGGAGUCGCUGGUGAGCGGCGCCCUGGCCCUGGCCGAGCAAAUAGCCCAAAAGAGUCCCAUUGCAGUGCAGACGACAAAGGCGAGCAUGGUCUACUCGCUGGAGCACACCAACCAGCAGGGGCUCGAUCAUAUUCGUUGGUACAACAAAUUGAACCUGCAGUCGGAGGACUUUGCCCAGGCCGUGGCCGCUCAGCUGACGAAGGACGAGAAGCCAAUCUUUGCCAAGCUCUAAGCUGACAUUUCAUUUAUACAAUUUCCAAUUAUAAUUUUCCAUAUUCACACCC